UUUCAAGCUACAUGCCUGUGUAUUCAAGGAGGAAAGGGAGGAUUGUGCUGUAAACAGUGGGGCUUGGUAAUCUAAUUAUACAAAUUGAAUAGAGCAAUACAAGGACUGAGAAGAGGCAAUCAGGAGAACAUAUCUGUGACCAUCUGGCAUAAUAUUGGAAUCAUAAAUGUAAAAUAAUGGAAAAUCUCCAUUCCUUGUCAAAAUCACACACAGGGGAGAAGCGACAUAACUGUAUGGAAUGUGGGAAAUGUUUCACUGGGAGAAGUUCUCUUACUAAACAUCAACGAACUCACACAGGAGAGAAGCCGUAUAAAUGUGUGGAAUGUGGAAAGAGCUUUAUUCAGAGUGGACAUCUGCGUAUCCAUCAAAGGACCCACACAGGAGAGAAGCCACAUAAAUGCAUUGAAUGUGGAAAGAGCUUCAGUGAAAGUGGGACUCUGCAUAAUCAUCAAAGGAUCCACACAGGGGAGAAGCCACAUACAUGCAUGGAAUGCGGAAAGAGUUUCAAUAAUAGUGGAAAUCUGCUUACCCAUCAAAGGAUCCACACAGGGGAGAAGCCGCAUAAAUGCAUGGAAUGUGGAAAGCGUUUCAAUCAGAGUGGAGAUCUGCAUUCUCAUCAAAGGACCCACACAGGGGAGAAGCCGCAUAAAUGCAUUGAAUGUGGAAAGAACUUCAGUCACAGUGCGAAUCUGCGUUCCCAUCAAAGGAUCCACACAGGGGAGAAGCCACAUACAUGCAUGGAAUGUGGAAAGAGCUUCAGUCAGAGUGGACAUCUGCGUAUCCAUCAAAGAACCCACACAGGGGAGAAGCCACAUAAAUGUAUGGAAUGUGGAAAGAGCUUCAGUCAGAGUGGAGAUCUGCGUACCCAUCAAAGGAUUCACACAGGGGAGAAGCCACAUCAAUGCAUGGAAUGUGGAAAGAGCUUCAGUCACAGUGCAAGUCUGCGUACCCAUCAAAGGAUCCACACAGGGGAGAAGCCACAUAAAUGCAUGGAAUGUGGAAAGAGCUUCAGACAGAGUGGAAAUCUGCGUACCCAUCAAAGGACCCACACAGGAGAGAAGCCACAUAAAUGCAUGGAAUGUGGAAAGAGCUUCAGCCAGAGUGAAAAUCUGCGUACCCAUCAAAGGACCCACACAGGAGAGAAGCCCCAUAAAUGCAUGGAAUGUGGAAAGAGCUUCAAUCGCAGUGACCAUCUGCGUAUCCAUCAAAGGACCCACACAAGGGAAAAUCGACAUAACUGUAUGGAAUGUGGGAAAUGUUUCACAGGGAGAAGUUCUCUUACUAAACAUCAACGAACUCACACAGGAGAGAAGCCAUAUACAUGCAUGGAAUGUGGAAAGAGCUUCAGUCAGAGUGGAGAUCUGCGUAUCCAUCAAACGACCCACACAGGAGAGAAGCCGCACAAAUGCGUGGAAUGCGGAAAGAGCUUCAGUCGGAGUGCGACUCUGCAUAUCCAUCAAAGAACCCACACAGGGGAGAAGCCACAUAAAUGCAUGGAAUGUGGAAAGAGCUUCAGUGAGAGUGGGAAUCUGCGUAAGCAUCAAAGAACCCACACAGGGGAGAAGCCACAUAAAUGCAUGGAAUGUGGAAAGAUCUUCAGUCGGAGUGGAAAUCUGCGUAUCCAUCAAAGAACCCACACAGGGGAGAAGCCACAUACAUGCAUGGAAUGUGGAAAGAGUUUCAGUCGGAGUGACAGUUUGGAUAUCCAUCAGAGAACCCACACAGGGGAGAAGCGACAUAAAUGCAUGGAAUGUGGAAAGAGCUUCAGUCGGACUGGACAUCUGCGUAUCCAUCAGAGAACCCACACAGGAGAGAAGCCACAUAAAUGCAUGGAAUGUGGAAAGAGCUUCAGUGAAAGUGGGACUCUGCGUAUCCAUCAAAGAACGCACACAGGGGAGAAGCCACAUAAAUGCAUGGAAUGUGGAAAGAGUUUCAGUCAGAGUAACAGUUUGGAUAUCCAUCAUAGAACCCACACAGGGGAGAAAUCACAUAAAUGCAUGGAAUGUGGAAAGAGCUUCAGUCAGAGUUCACAUCUGCGUAUCCAUCAAAGGACCCACACAGGGGAGAAGCCACAUAGUGUAUAUACUUGAGUAUAAGCCGACCAAAUAUAAGAGGGAAAAAUUGGGAAAACUUAUUGAGUUGAGUAUAGGCCGAGGGUGGGGAAUGCAGCAGCUAUUGGUAAAUUUCAAGAAUAAAAAUAAAAAUAGAUAGCAAUAAAAUUACGUUAAUUGAGGCAUCUGUAGGUUAAAUGUUUCUGAAUAAUUGCAUAAAUCUGUAAUUUAAGAUAAGACUGUCCAUCUCUGAUUAAAUCAUUAUUCUAACCUU